GUUGGUUUUCCAGAUCAACGUCCGUGUGACCACCAUGGAUGCAGAGCUGGAGUUUGCCAUCCAACCAAAUACUAAAGGGAAACAGUUCUUUGACCAGGUGGUGAAGACGGUGGGACUACGGGAGGUCUGGUUCUUCGGCCUGCAGUAUGUGGACAGUGAAGGCUACAGCACUUGGCUCAAACUCAACAAGAAGGUACAUCAGCAGGAUGUGAAGAAGGAGAACCCUCUGCAGUUUAAAUUCAGAGCCAAGUUCUUCCCUGAGGACGUCUCUGAGGAGCUAAUCCAGGAGAUCACACAGAGGUUAUUCUUCCUGCAGGUGAAGGAGGCUAUUCUGAACGAUGAGAACUACUGUCCUCCAGAGACUGCCGUGCUUCUGGCGUCGUACUCUGUCCAGGCCAAGUAUGGAGACUAUAACAAAGAUGUCCACAAGGCUGGGUACCUAACCCACGACAGACUGUUGCCUCAGAGAGUCCUGGAGCAGCACAAGCUUACCAAAGAGCAGUGGGAGGACAGAAUACAGACCUGGCAUGAAGAACACAGAGGAAUGCUCAGAGAGGACUCUAUGAUGGAAUAUCUUAAAAUCGCCCAGGACUUGGAGAUGUACGGAGUCAACUACUUUGAGAUCAAAAACAAAAAGGGCACACAGCUGUGGCUGGGCGUGGAUGCCCUUGGCCUCAAUAUCUACGAACACGAAGACAAGUAAGGGACACACAC